CUCUGUCCGAGAAUUACACCCCCCAACCAUGCCUGUGGUCAAUGUGGAUGACCUCGUCCGGUUACAACGGACCCCCGAGGACAUUCGGAAUAUCUGUAUUCUCGCACACGUCGACCAUGGCAAAACGUCCCUCACGGACAGCCUGAUCGCCACUAAUGGCAUCAUCUCCCCCAAGCUGGCGGGAAAGAUCCGCUAUCUGGACUCCCGGCCCGAUGAGCAGCUGCGCGGCAUCACCAUGGAGUCGUCGGCGAUCUCCCUGUUCUUCUCGAUGAUGCGCCGGUCGGCCCCCGACGCCGCCCCGGAGCCCCGCAAGUACCUGGUCAACCUGAUCGACUCGCCGGGUCACAUCGACUUCAGCAGUGAGGUGUCCACCGCGUCGCGACUCUGCGACGGCGCCAUUGUCCUCGUCGACGCCGUCGAGGGCGUCUGCAGUCAGACCGUGACCGUGCUGCGCCAGACCUGGGUCGAGCAGCUGAAGCCCAUCCUGGUCAUCAACAAGAUCGACCGCUUGGUCACCGAGCUCCAGAUGAGUUCCGCCGAGGCCUACUCGCACAUGGGCAAGAUCCUCGAGCAGGUCAACGCCGUCAUCGGCAGCUUCUACCAGGGGGAGCGCAUGGAGGAGGAUCUCCAGUGGCGCGAGCGCAUGGAGGAGCGCAUCAACACCACGGCGACCAAGGACAAGGAUCGCCCCCAGCGACAGGCGCCCGACGACGAGUCGGUGGUGGGUAGCACGGAUGGCCUGGAGUUUGAGGAGCUCGACGACGAGGGUCUCUACUUUGCCCCCGAGAAGAACAACGUCAUCUUCUGCAGCGCGGUGGACGGCUGGGCCUUCACCAUCCGCCAGUUUGCCGCCAUCUACGAGAAGAAGCUGGGGAUCAAGCGUUCGGUGCUGGAGAAGGUCCUCUGGGGCGAUUUUUACCUCGAUCCGAAGACGAAGCGCGUGCUCGGCCAGAAACAUCUCAAGGGCCGGGCUCUGAAGCCCAUGUUCGUCCAGCUGGUGUUGGACAGCAUCUGGGCGGCCUACGAGGCGACCACGGGAGGUAGAACGGGGAAAGGCGACCCCGUCCUGCUGGAGAAGAUCACCAAGUCCCUCGGCGUGACCAUCCCCCCGUACGUUUUACGAUCCCGCGACCCCCGCAACGUCAUGACGACGCUGUUCUCCAUGUGGCUGCCGCUGUCGACCGCGGUCCUGGUGUCGGUCAUCGAGUACCUCCCGAGCCCCCCCGCCGCCCAGGCAUCCCGCCUGCCGGCGCUGAUAGAAGACUCGCCCGCGUCGGGCGUGGUCGCCCCCGCUGUGAAAGACGCCAUGGUCCACUUCAAGACCGGCCCCGAAGCGCCCGUCGUGGCCUACGUCAGCAAGAUGGUCGCCGUCCCAGAGAGUGAGCUCUCCUCGAGCAAGAAGCGCACCGAGAACACCAUGUCGGCGGACGAGGCGCGAGAAAUUGCCCGCCGGAAGCGCGACGAGAUCGCGAAGCUACAGGCGGAGGCGGCCGGUGGCCAGCGGUCCGACGACGACUUCGAACGCAUCACGUCCGCGUUCGAGCACGCAUCGCUCAACAACGGCAGCGCCCCCGAUGACGCCGAGGAAAAGGAGGAUCCGGAGCACCUGAUCGGCUUCGCCCGUCUCUACUCGGGGACGCUUUCCGUGGGCGACUCCGUCUACGUGCUCGGACCCAAAUUCACCCCGGGGAACCCCCACGCCAGUCCCGAACCCCAGAAGGUCACCGUCACAGAUCUCUACCUCCUCAUGGGCCGCAGCCUGGAGCCCCUCCGGUCCGUCCCCGCGGGGGCGGUGUUCGGCAUCGGGGGCCUGGCGGGCCACGUCCUCAAGACGGGGACGCUGUGCUCGCAGCUCGAGGGCGGCAUCAACCUGGCGGGCGUGUCCAUCAGCACCCCGCCCAUCGUCCGGGUGUCCCUCGAGCCGGUCCACCCGGCCGACCUGGGCAAGAUGGUCACCGGGCUGCGUCUACUGGAGCAGAGCGACCCGUGCGCGCAGUACGAGCUGCUGCCCAACGGCGAGCAUGUGAUCCUGACGGCCGGCGAAUUGCAUCUCGAGCGAUGCCUCAAAGAUCUCCGCGAGCGGUUCGCCCGCUGCGAGAUCCACACCGGCCAGACCAUCGUGCCCUACCGCGAGACCAUCGUCAGCGCCCCGGAAAUGCCGCCGCCGAAGCACCCCGAGCUCGGCCGCGGCGGCGUGGAGACGACCUCCGCGUCCAAGCUGCUCACCCUGCGCCUGCGGGUCGUGCCCCUCCCGACGGUGGUGACCGAGUUCUUCGCCAAGCACGUCGGCACCAUCAAGCGACUGCAGUCGGCGCAGCGGGGCUCGGAGAGCGCGCCCUCGGUGGAGACCAGCGACGCCACCGACGAAGCGCGCGAAGGCAGCAUCCUCUCCCUGCAAGACUUCCGGCGCGAACUCACCCGGAUCUUCGAUGAGGAGGAGGUGACGGGCGACAGGGAGCUUUGGCGGAACGUCGUGGACCGGAUCACAGCCUUUGGACCGCGCCGGAUUGGCCCGAAUAUCCUCGUCGAUGCGACGACGGUGAACACCUGCGAAAAAUUCCUCCUCGACGACCCCAAGCAACAACCGACCCUCACAGCCGAUACCAGCAGUCGCGAUGCGCUCAUCGUGCGCGAUCUCAGCGACAAGAUCGCCUAUGCGUUCCAGCUAGCCACGGGACAGGGUCCGCUGUGCCAGGAGCCGAUCCAAGGCACAGCCGUCUUCCUCGAAGAGCUCACCGUCCACGCGAGCGAAGGCGACGUCGACCUCGGCCGACUAACCGGCGAGGCCAUCCGUCUCGUCCGCGAGAGCAUCACGCAGGGAUUCCUAGACUGGAGUCCGCGGAUCAUGCUGGCGAUGUACAGCUGCGAGAUUCAAGCGUCGACCGAAGUCCUCGGCCGCGUCUACGGCGUCAUCACCCGGCGCCGAGGCCGCAUCCUCUCGGAGACCAUGAAAGAAGGCACCCCCUUCUUCUCAAUCCUGGCCCUCCUCCCCGUGGCCGAAUCCUUCGGCUUCGCCGACGAGAUCCGCAAGCGCACCUCCGGCGCCGCCCAGCCGCAGCUGAUCUUCGCGGGCUUUGAGGCCCUCGACGAGGACCCCUUCUGGGUGCCUGCCACCGAGGAAGAACUCGAGGAUCUGGGUGAGUUGGCGGAUCGCGAGAAUGUCGCGAAGCGGUAUAUGGAUGCUGUGCGGACGCGGAAGGGGCUGGUUGUGCAGGGGCGGAAGUUGGUGGAUGCGGAGAAGCAGAAGACGUUGAAGAGGUAGUUUCUUUCUCUUUGUUUUGGUUACUGGGCCUGUGGGGAAAAGUUUAUAUAUAUAUAUACUAUCUAUCUUUUAUAGAUUCUUUUUGAU